GAGAGAGAGAGAGAGAGAGGACAGAGUGUGAGCAAAGCCGCGUCUCUCUGUGUUGCAGCAGCUCUGACGCUCCGACACUCCAGAGGCAUCAUGGUUCCUGCGUUAAGGCAAAUCCUGCUGCUGUUUCUGUUUCUGUCGUUUUGUUUUCUGACUUCAGCUGGAGAAGGAAAAUCUACAAAGAAAGGAAAGAAAGGAAAACAGGUCGUUUGUCCAGCUCAGCUGUCUCCUGAAGAUCUGGCUCAAGUUCCUGCAAACUCCACCUCCAACAUCCUGAACCGCCUGAUGGUCAGCUACGACCCCCGAAUACGACCCAACUUCCAAGGGAUUCCUGUGGAGUCAAAAGUGAAUAUCUUCAUUAACAGCUUUGGCUCUAUCCAGGAGACAACCAUGGACUACAGGAUCAACAUCUUCCUGCGUCAGCGCUGGAACGACCCUCGUCUUCGUCUGCCCACAGACUUUAAGAGUGAAGCUCUGACUGUGGAUCCAAAAAUGUUCCAGUGUUUGUGGAAACCAGACCUUUUCUUCGCCAACGAGAAGAACGCCAACUUUCACGAUGUGACGCAGGACAACAUCCUGCUCUUCAUCUUCAGGAAUGGAGAUGUGCUAAUCAGCAUGAGGUUGUCAGUGACACUCUCUUGUCCGUUGGAUCUCACUCUCUUCCCGAUGGACACACAGCUGUGUAAGAUGCAGCUGGAGAGCUUUGGUUAUACGACCAGUGACCUGGUCUUCAUGUGGCAGUCCGAUCCGGUCCAGAUGGAUGAAAUCGCUCUGCCUCAGUUUGACAUCAAACAAGAAGACAUCCAGUACGGAAACUGCACCAAAUACUACCAGGGGACAGGUUAUUACACCUGUGUGGAAGUGAUCUUCACUCUACGUCGGCAGGUGGGCUUCUACAUGAUGGGAGUGUACGCUCCCACUCUGCUCAUCGUCGUCCUGUCCUGGUUAUCCUUCUGGAUCAACCCUGAUGCCUCCGCCGCUCGAGUCCCGCUUGGUAUCCUGUCCGUUCUGUCUCUGUCCAGUGAGAGCAUGUUGUUAGCCUCAGAGCUUCCUAAAGUUUCCUACGUGAAGGCCAUUGAUAUCUGGCUUAUCACCUGUUUACUCUUUGGGUUCUCAUCUCUAGUGGAAUAUGCAGUGGUGCAGGUGGCUCUAAACAGUCCCAAACUUAUAGAAGAGGAGAAAGCUAAAAUGGCGACGAAGGAGAAAGAGUUGCAGGAGAAAGAAGGAAAGAAAGCUCCCAAUAACAAAACUAACAACACAGUGAAUGGGACAGGAGGAACACCUAUACAUGUCAACACUCUGCAGGUGGUCGAGACUCGCUGUAAGAAGGUGUGCACCUCUAAGUCGGAUCUUCGCUCCAAUGAUUUCAGCAUCGUGGGUUCUCUACCUCGGGACUUUGAGCUGUCAAACUUCGACUGUUACGGUAAACCUGUGGAGGUUUCAGGAGCACUCAAGUCCCAAAACAAGGCCAACAAGAAGCCCCCUCCCCCUAAACCUGUAAUACCUGCUGCUGCUAAACGCAUCGAUCUGUACGCGCGGGCCCUUUUCCCUUUCUCCUUCCUUUUCUUCAAUGUGGUCUACUGGUCCGUCUACCUGUGAGAGAACGGUUCUCUGUUUGUUCUCAAGCUUAUUUAGAGCCACACGGAUUGAGAACAAACACAAACGUCCCGGACUGAAGUGAACUCUGAUAAACACAAACAUAUUCAGAGACUGCUGUGGAGAACCCCCGAGAACCUCUAAGAACCUCCAGGACCUUUGGAUCCCUGUUAGUCCAGACUCUGAUUCUGCAUGUGUCUGAUAGAGAACAUUAAGCUUUAUGUGAACUUUGCUGAUAACAGACCCCGCUGUGCUUUAGAAAUAAAUGCUUUUAUUGUGACUAACUUCACCGCUAAAACCUCAUGAUGAGAACCUGAAAUGCCCUGACUGAUAUCCAAUAAACACUCAGAACAUAAACAUCAACAGUGAUUUGUGAACACACAUAUAAAAACAGUAAUAUCAAGAAGGCAAAUAUAGAACUUCCUUUGGUCUUUGUACAGAAUGAUUUAAUUUCAAUGGGGAAAAACCUCAGACAUCACAAAUACAUGAAGAGUUACAGCUGAUGUGACUACACUAUGUUCAUAAUAAUCCAGAAGUAUCUCUAACCCUGUUAACUCAAUUAGUCUGAAUUAAUUUGAUCUGAAAUAAAGUCGGCAUGGAUUAAAUUA